AGUCCUUUUUUUAUUUCUCGCGCUCACCAGCCGGCCCUCCUCGCACUCCCUUCCUCCUCUUCCCAUCCUCUCACCGUCUGUCACCUCUGCACGACGACAACGUCCUCACACCAACGUCUAAUACCUAAUCCUCUCCACAUCCACCACAUCAACCGCCACAAUGGGAUUCAAGGAAGGUGACUCCAAGAAGGGUGCCAACCUCUUCAAGACUCGCUGCGCUCAGUGCCACACCCUCAAGGAUGGCGAGGGCAACAAGGUCGGCCCUGCUCUCCACGGUCUCUUCGGCCGCAAGACUGGCUCCGUCGACGGCUUCUCCUACACCGACGCCAACAAGGCCAAGGGUAUCACCUGGGACGAGAACACUCUGUUCGAGUACCUCGAGAACCCCAAGAAGUACAUCCCUGGCACCAAGAUGGCCUUCGGUGGUCUCAAGAAGGACAAGGACAGGAACGACCUGAUCACCUUCAUGAAGGAGGCUACUGCCUAAACGAUUGUUCGACACGACUUGUAACGAUAAGAAAUGCGUAGAAUGGGACCAGCUAGUUCUGUACAUAUAGAAUAGACACUCUGGCGGUGCCCCUGCCUUGCGACCUCAUUACGACGCCGCCAGGGUGGGCGUGUGCAACAACAAGCACCACGGCGGAUAACGACAGUAUUACCUUCGUCUACCUUCGCCGGCGCAAAGAAUAUCUCCCCUUUUUGUAACCUUUUUGAAAAAGCGGGGAGGUCUGGGCUGGAGUUUUCAAGCGGUGGUUUGGAUUCUCGCAUUAGAUCUGUAUACCAAUAACGAAACAUGUUUCUGCAUCGCCGUUAAGGGGCGAAAAAGAUCAACAUCUUUUCCCAA